UGAGAGGGGAGCUGGCUGUGGAUUCAGAUUCUUUUUCUUUGUGCAUUAGGGAGGUGGCUUCUCUUCUCCUCUUCGAUUGUAUCUUAAUUUGUAAGACUUGAGUGUGGCUCUGCAGAGAGCAAGAAAGGCACUAGAGUGUUGUCAAGCUUUUCUUCGUUCUUCAGCCCCCCACCCGGGGUGGGGGCGGAGGGUUAGACGGUCCCAGGUCAAGAAGCGCGGGGGCGGAAGCGGCGGCGGCUGUCAGACUUGGAGAGGGGCCGGGCGGAGCGGCAAUGGAGGGUCAGCGCUGGCUCCCGCUGGAGGCCAAUCCCGAGGUCACCAACCAGUUUCUCAAACAAUUAGGUCUACAUCCUAACUGGCAGUUUGUUGAUGUAUAUGGAAUGGAUCCUGAACUCCUUAGCAUGGUACCAAGACCAGUGUGUGCAGUGUUACUUCUCUUCCCCAUUACAGAAAAGUAUGAAGUAUUCAGAACAGAGGAGGAGGAAAAAAUAAAAUCUCAGGGACAAGAUGUUACAUCAUCAGUAUAUUUCAUGAAGCAAACAAUCAGCAAUGCCUGUGGAACAAUUGGACUGAUCCAUGCUAUUGCCAACAAUAAAGACAAGAUGCACUUUGAAUCUGGAUCAACCUUGAAAAAAUUCCUCGAGGAGUCUGUGUCAAUGAGUCCUGAAGAACGGGCCAGAUACCUAGAGAACUAUGAUGCUAUUCGAGUCACUCAUGAGACCAGUGCCCAUGAAGGUCAGACUGAGUCCUCCUCGUCAUCCUCAUCACAGCCUCAUUCUAGCCACUGCAGAACGAAGGCCUCAUCAUUGUGUCACCAUGCAUCCCUGCCCUGGGUCAAACGUAACCAUGUAGGCCCUGCAAAGGCUACCAGUCCAUCUCUCCGUCUUCGUCGCUGGCGACCCUUCUUACGCCUACCAUCUAUGGGUCUCCAUUCUGUUGCACCAAGUAUAGAUGAAAAAGUAGAUCUUCAUUUUAUUGCAUUAGUUCAUGUAGAUGGGCAUCUCUAUGAAUUAGAUGGACGGAAACCGUUUCCAAUUAACCAUGGGGAAACUAGCGAUGAAACUUUAUUAGAGGAUGCCAUAGAAGUUUGCAAGAAGUUUAUGGAACGUGACCCUGAGGAAUUGAGAUUCAACGCCAUUGCUCUAUCUGCAGCAUAGCUGUUGGACUUCCUGUGCUGAGAACAGAUCUCUGAGCGCUGGAAAUAUGGAGGCAAGUGAUCAGUGCCCGUGUCUGGGUAGGUGUGGGCUGGCUAUAAACCACGGAGGGAGUCGGCAGCACAGAAGGUAAUAAUAGUUCUUUGACGACUUCUCUAUUGUUGCUUUGAAAGCUCUAAGGCAUAAUGCCUUCAUUUGGCUUUCUUCUGGAACACAUGCAGAUGGAAAAGAAGAAGUCAGAAGGAGGUUAGGAAGUAAAUACUACAACUGAGACAAAGUUAAGUCAAUCUUGCAGAACAUCCCCAGGCAUAUUCAAUCUGAACUUUUAUUGCCAGUAGCCACAAUAUUGCAAAUAUUUAUACCCCUCCUGGCAAAUUUAUAAUCAUUAUUGAUCUCUUGUAACAGUAGGAUAUGUCUGGGUGAUGGAGGACAUUAAGGUAGCAUAAGGCAUGUUGUAGUUUGUAAGGUGCUAUCACAUACAAGGUGUUAAGGACAUGCAGAAAUGUCAACCAAGCUACUCAAAGCCAGUUUUAGUUUAGAUUUGUGAGCCCAGCAUUAUUAAGAUCCUUCUGGACUUAGCUUUGAAAAGUUUUUCUCAUUCUUUUUCUAAAUCUUGUAAUUGUCUGUAAGUACUACCUUCAUAAUUGAUGCUCCUACUCUAGCCAUGCUUUUAAGAGUUUUAAGAAUUAUAAACCUGGGACUCCUUUCAAAGGGACCAAACUAGAAGUGGAUACUUACGGUGGGUGACAUGUUGAUUUAUGACCACCAUCCUAACCUGACAUUAGAUCUAUUCAACAGAUAGGGCAAUAAACAUAGAUAAUACUAAUGUCUGAUUUUGAAAAAUCUAUGCAUGAGAAGAGCUUAUUUUCUCUCAUGGCAUUGGCUGAAUAUGUCAGGAUAUCAAUUAAAAACAGAUCUAAAAAUU